AUGAGUAAAAAACAUUUAGUCGAGGAGAUGAUCAUUAUUAGAGAAGAAAUGAGAAAUAUAAAUGUAAAUAUAUAAAUUUUAAUAAAGAAUAGAAUAUAGACAACAAACUCCACUAAAAUUUUUGAAUUCACACCUCAUUAAAAUAAAAAUUAAAAGAUUAGAAAAUAUUGUUAUUAAUUGAUUGCUUUAAAACCUAAAUUAUUCAUUAAAUAUUUUAUAUCAGAAUAAUAUAUACAUGAAUUACUGAAAAAAAUGGAUUAUGAAAAAUUGCUUCAAAUUUCAUUGAAAUUUAUCGUUAAAUAUUUAUAAUGUUAAGAAAAUUCAGAAAUUUAAUAAAAUCAUUCGAAUUCACCAAAUAAUAUUAAAGAUGUUCAAAAAGUUAAUAAAAUAAUUAGAGAUAUUGUUUCGCCAAUAAAGACAAAAAUUAUUUCAUAAUCAUAAUUCUUUGAUAAUUAGUUNACCUAAGGAUGAUUAUUUAAAAAUUGAAAAUGCUAGAUUAUAAGAAGAAAUUAAAAAUACUAAAAUAUAACAUCAUGAACUUUAAGUUAAAUAUGAAGAGUUGUAAAAAAGAAAGAGAAAAGAAAAAAUAGUUAAAGAAAUCGAAUAUAAAGAAAUACCAAAAAUUAUAGAAGUUCCUAGAGAUGUGAUUAAAGAAGUAGUAAAACCUUUUGAAGUUGUUAAAGAAGUAAUUAAAGAAGUAGAAAAACCAUCAUAAAUGAAUACAAAAGAAAUUCCAAUUUAUAUACCUUAAUAUAAAGAAGUAACAGUUAAUAAAGAAGUGCCAGUUUAUAAAGAGAUUUAAGUUGAAAAGGAAGUUAAAGUUUAUAAAGACAUUCCUGUUUAUAAAGAUGUACCAGUUUAUUAUGAUGUUCCUGUUUAUAGAGAUGUUCCUAUAUAUUAGAAAGUACCUGUUUAUAAAGAAGUACCAGUAUAUUCUGAACCAGUUAAUGUAUAUAGAGAAAUUCCAAUCAUUAAAGAAAUUGAACGCAUUCCUGAAACUAUUGUUGAAUAUCCAAAUUUAUAAAGAACAAAAAGGGUUAUUUCACCCAAUCAAAAUUGUAGAACAUAUAUAAGAUCUCCUUAUUCAAGAGGAGAAUAUUGA